AUGGCAUCUACAACACCACCUGGUCUAGCCAAAGAUUAUCAGAACUUAGCAAGUCAAUAUCCUUUAUGCAAAAAAUGUUCAAUGCAUAAACCACCUCGAACUCAUCAUUGCCGUUGGUGUGACGCAUGUGUGCUAAAAUUUGACCAUCACUGCAUAUGCAAGCAACAUUGUGUUGGUUUUUAUAAUCAUCGAUAUUUCUUUCAAUUUUGCUGUUUUAUGGCCAUCGGAUGUAUGUAUGCUGGGACGAUGGGUUUUCGUGAAUACCAAAUCGCUCGACUCGGAGAACAUCGAUUCUCCCAUCUGGAUAUAUUCUUCAAACCAUUUAUUGUUCUCAAUGCAUUUGGAAUAAUUAAUUAUAUUACAUAUUCCAUAUUUAUUGCUGCAUUAGUAGUUAGUUUUCUAUUAAUUACUCUUGUUUGUUGGCAUGGACGAAUGAUUAGUCGUGGUAUAACAUCGGUUGAACGUCUAUUUAAUCAAGACUAUACUAAACAAUGUACUAAGCAGGGUUUUGUGUUUGUUAAUCCUUAUGAUUUAGGUCUCGUAGAAAAUUGGAAACAAUUUUUUAAUGUUCGUACAGUAGGUGAAUUUAUUCGACGUGUUCUUUGGCCCAGCACACACCUACCAAGUGGUAAUGGAAUAAUUUGGACUAAUUGUAAUGGUCAAAAUCUGAACAAACAAACAAAAUCUUCUAGUCAGACUCGAACUGAUUCGAAGCAAGACAUACAACCAAAAGAACCAAUGGAAUCUAUGAAAGAUCGUUGA